GCCAAGCAAGGAAUGUAUAAGAGCUAGGCGAUCAUCUGAGGUGCGUCAGAUUAGCUGAAUAAUUUGGGCCCCAAAGUCGCCAUGGGGGAGAACAAACUACUUCUGCCAGUGAUUGUUGUGGUCUCUGCGUCGUCUCCUCGUCAGGGCUCGAUAACGUAGUACAGACAACGGGAGGAAGCAGAAACGCGCUCUUCGGCUUCCAAGGAAACGGGAAUCUGGAGAUUGGUUACAGAAAACGGAGCUGUUCGUAUUGUACUGUCUUUCUGUUUUUUUCUAAACGUUGCUCCGAUGACUAUUUCUACCUCGUCCUGACGUUUGAAGAUGGCGACACUGAGAGAUACACUGGCUGGCCUGAAUGUGGGAGUAACAAUUGGUUGGUCGUCCACAUAAAUCUAAAGGGCUUCAGAAUUGGGAGCAGAAUUGUUUCUUUUAACAAGUACGUGAGUAAACAAUCUCUGCUCCGAGCAACUCUGAGAGCUUCAAGCACCUACUACAUGGAAUGGGAGGUUAUUGAGCAGGAUGAGCCUGAACCCAUUACCCCAGAACCAGUUACUCCAGCACCUUCAGUGAGCAAGGCAGUUGUCUUGGGAGCCACAGGAAGCGGAUGUCUGAUUCUGGUGCUGAUCAUCACUACUGCUGUGAUUUGUUACAGAAAGAAACGACAGCGUCAGGAGAAAGCUCCAGACGAUGGCAAUGAAUUUCAGGACUAUGAAGACGUGACCAACUGUGAAGAAAUUUAUGCUGAUGUGAUGAACAUCGGGGCUUGUGAAUAUGACAACGCAGAAUACAUUUACUCCGAUCCUGAUGAUACCUAUGAAAACCCUCUGCACUACACGGUCAGGAUGUCACAAGGAGGACAGGUAGUGACGUUUAAGCCUUCAGGCUAAGAAUAAAGAAAAUGUAGGUAGUUUGGAUGUCAUACCUUGAUUGACGGUAAGUCAACUGGUAACAGAACCCCUUACAAAAUUUGUGAAAAACUUCAUACAUAUAUCGGCCGAAAUUACUUGUAACCCAAGUGAGCAUAAGCUUUAUAUAAGCUAUGUAACCCUUAUUUGAGCUAGAACUACAGCAACAGGGCUCUAAUCCGCUUAGUAUAAAAGAUAUAGGUCUAUAGAACAAGGGUUGUAUCCAUUGGAACAACUAAUUUUAUUGCUAAAGCAUCAGCAUUACAUAUGACCAAACGUGCUUUCUUUUGGAAUGAGUCCUUCAAUGUCGAAUGUAAGGAAGUGUGUAAAGUAUACAUUUGGUUGCGGUGUAAUUAUGUACAUAUCAUUUUUCGAACUAGCUCUAAAAGAAAUGGAAAAAUAUCAUAUUAAUAAGUACACUUUCCGUUUCAGAUCCCUUGCUGAAUUAAAAUAAGGUCAUUGUUAUUCCACAUGUAUUACACACAGGAAAUUAUCUUAUGGCUAAAUUUUAGCGUCAUUAACAAUGAUUACAUGCAAAGAAACUACCGCAGCUCAAACAUUUGCUUACGAUUUUAUGACAUUACUCAUGCUUAUGUUAAGUGUGCUAUAUCAAUUUAUCAUUUCCUGUGACAGUGGACGCUUUGUUUAGUCUCUGAUCUUCUUUAUAAAAGAUGUUGGUAUAUUUGUCAGGUACAAAAGGAAGAUUACGAAUAACCUCAGUCAGAAAGUUUUGCUAAUGGCCUACGAUCAUACUUGUGAUCAGUCAGUGUCGGCGUAAUUCCAUUCUUCAACCUCUUAAUUAUUGUCUUUGUUUCCGCAGCAGUUAAUUCAAAAAAGCAUUUGAAAAUAUGCCUUAUCUUUACCCAGAUCUUCUCCUCUCCUUGUACCCUUUCAUAGGCAACACUUUCGUAAUUACGCUUGUUACCCCUAAAUAAAUAGUUAUCUUUGAAGGUACUAAAAGUGGAAGAAAACGUACGUAGACUUUUUAAAUAAGGUAGACUAUACUAAAAUAUACUUCUCUGCUCAACCAAAAUAUCACGAAGCCAUUAUUUAUUUUUUUUAAAAAGUAAUUUGUGGUUUUUACCCAGUUUCCAGCAAACUCAGAGUUAAGAGAGGACUAAUGUAGUUAAGUAUGAGGUAAUUUUCUUGUAUGUGAUACUUUUAUUGUUUAAAUAUACAAAUACAAAUGAUAUUCCUUCCUUAAUUCCUUCCGCUAUUCAAAUCUAUUAAGACUUAUUAUUCUCCUGCAUGUCUUUAUUUAGAGCUGCAUAAGCUAAUAAAUAUCUAAAGAAAGCUUUAUUUCUCUUUUUAAUCGGUAUUCUGUGGCUUAUAAAUAAGAAAUUGUCUAUUUUCUGUUAAUAGGAAGGUGAGUUUUUAUUAUUUAAAAUUUACAAGGAAUAAUAGCAGAAAAGCUGUAUGUUGAUAUGCUUAAUGUAGCUGUUAAAUAAAUUUAAGCUUCAAUUCA